AAUGUACAAAAUGUUUGCCUAGGAAUGGUAAUAAUUAUACACUCUGCAUUCCCAAAUAAGGAGGCUAGAAAUGCAAUCAGAGAGACUUGGGGUAACCCUAAUAUACCUGGAGUAAAUACAAGACUGGUCUUUUUACUGGGAAUGGGGCCUGAUGCUAACACACAAAACUCUGUAAUGUCUGAAGCUAUGCAGUACAAAGAUAUUGUACAAGGAGAUUUCUUGGACACUUAUCGUAAUCUCUCAUACAAGAGCAUCCUGGGUAAACUGUGGGUCUCAAACUUCUGUGAGCAAGCUGAUUUUGUUGUUAAAGCAGAUGAUGAUACGUUUGUUGAUCUGUAUGCUACCUUCUUCUUUACUAGGCAAUACCUUGAGAGCCCAGAAUAUAAGAACAACGGUUUUAUCCUUUGCAGAAUAAACCCAAACACUAUUAUUAGAAAUCCUAAAAACAAGUGGUAUGUGAGCUAUGAUGAAGUAUCAAAAAAAGAAGGAGGUCUAUUUCUUUAUUUCAUACAUAUACCUGAGCUGGUGGGUGGGCACUUUUGAAUUUUACGCAGAAUUCUCUAAAUUUUGGAUCUCAAGCAAUUUCUCUGUUCUCUCAUUGGUAGAAUGCUCAAUUCAC